CGCUGGGUGCAGAUUUUCCAAAAUGGAUGCUUUCGUAGAGGCGUGGCGUCCGUUCUUGGCCACUGUUGACCACCUUAAAGACAUUCAAAGAUAAAAAGCAAGUGAACAAUCACAAGGUGACAUGGUUCCAGAGAUGUUUGCAACUGAGGAAUUGCAAGUGAUAUGAAGAUCUUCUCUUAUGCAGCAGCCAGCAUGACUCAUAAUGCUUUUGGAAAAGUUUUCUUUUCCUACUUCCUUGAUGCACAGACUGAUUAUUUGAAAUAUAAGUGAGACCCGCAGAAAUGGAUUAAGCGUGUUUCUGGAUGCCUUAUUUUGCUGGUGGUUAGCUGGUGCUUGUUCAUGAUAUAUUUGGUUACAUCUCUCGAAUUUCAAUGGAUGCCUCCACUUCCAUUACUUCAAUCUCUCCAGCAUCAUUCCGAGACUGGAAGUACAGAAAAACAGGAUUCUUUGCCAACGUUACUCAACUCACCUAGUGUUCAGAUACCAUUCACACUACCAUUGAAACCUUUACAUCAAAACCCAACAACAGAUUCAACUUCAACUGCACUACCACCUACAACUACAAUCCAGGUAGUUAUGGCAACUGACAGCAAGUGUCUAGGUGGUUUAAUUACUGCAAUAAAUAGUAUCCUGAGUAAUACCAAACACAAUGUUAAAUUCCAUAUUGUCAUAACAGAAGAAGACCUUCCUCAUCUUAAAGCAUGGAUAAGAUCGUCUAAACUGCAUUCUAUAUCUUAUGAAACACAUUCACUAAGUGCAGUUGGAGAAAGAGUUCAAUCAGAACUGCAACUAGUUAAAGCCAGUUUUGGAUUCAUCUUCCCAGAUUUAGAAGGAAGAGUUAUCUACAUGGAUAGUGAUGUGAUCAUCCAAGGUGAUAUAUGGGAGCUUCACUCUGUUAUCAUUGAGCCAGAUACAUUUGGAGCAUUUGCACAAGAUUGCAGUAGUUCCUCAUCCCGAAUGGCCGGAGCAAUAGGGCAUCCAAGAUAUGCCAAUUUCAUCAAUAUGAAAAAUAGCCGAAUCAUAAAUAGGGACAUAAACGGUGGACUAUGUCCAUUUACAUCUGGAGUGUUUGUUGCAAACAUCACAGAGUGGAAAGCCCAAGGUGUUUUUGAGCAACUUCAGAAUUGGCUGGAAAUACAUUCUGUAGAACCAAUAACAGGAAUUCACCCUGGAGUAAAUGCAGUAGAGGCUGCAAUGCUGAUAGUAUUUUAUGAAAAAGUGACACCAUUAGAUCCUUUAUGGCAUGUACAGCAUCUUGGUGUGGGCCUUAACAGUCGAUAUUCAAAGCAGUUCAUAGAAAGGGCAAAACUUCUUCACUGGAGUGGGCACUUCAAACCCUGGAGACACAGAGCAGCCCACACUGAACAGUGGGAUAGGUAUUUUGUUCCAGAUCCCACAUUACAAUUCAGACCUCUUCGCCGACGAGGUUAAUAUUUUUUCUAAAAUUCUUAUAAAAAUCUUGGAAAAUGUCAAAAAUGGCAAGUUUCCUACAAUAUACCCACCUCAUGGAAGUAAAGUUAAAAAAAUGCAGGACAUACCAUACCAAAUCAUACUGUGUGUGACUGACUUGAAACUCCUCAUAACAACUCUAUGCAAACAGAAGAAUUCAUAAAUAUUUUUAUCUUCAUCUCUAUUAAUACUUAAAACGCCAAAGAACAUUGAUCCAAAUACCUUACAGAACUCAAACAUAUGCUUAAGCUACAAACUAAAAACACAAUUUGUAUAAACCAGUUUUUUACCCAAAAGCACAAUUUAAACACUAAUAUAUAACUUUUCAUUUUCAAAAAUAAACCACUUCAUACACAAUCAUAGCGAAAAAAAAAUUAUUACAGUAUACAUGAAACUACGAUUUUCACGAGUUAUUUGGAAAACAUAAAAUGCUCUUUCCACCAAUUUAAUAACUCUUCCUGAUGUAUACUCUGCAUGCUGCGAAAGAAAACUGAAUUUAGGAAUUGACAACGGGCUUCCUUCUAAUAAAAUCGAUUGCUUUGUAGCAAAACUUUCAAUAUACUCAUAUAAUUGAUCUGAAAAUUAAGUUUGGAUUCCAGUUGUUUUGGGGUAAAAAAAAGAAUAGAAUGAAUAGCUAUUGAGAGGUAUACGCUUCAACUUGGCAAUAAUCCAUCCACUGCUUUAAAAUUUUUGCACUAAUCAGAAGAUGUAUUUUAGUCAAACAUGUUUUUAAUUUUAAUACCCAAGUUAAUACUGUGAUGAAAACCUACAUGCAAAAGUUUCGUGCUCUGUUUUACUCAGCACAGAAAAUAAAAGUAAAAAUCACUGUACUCCGACAAUAUUAAUCAUUCUAUAAUAUAGAUUGCCUAUUACACCACCACAAGUAAACACUGCAUUUUGGAAGAUUUUUAGUCUUUGCUGAAUACAUUACAAUGGUAAUUUUAUAAGUGUUUCUACACUGUUGUACAAGUGUAGUGCAAUGAAAUACUUUGAAAAUUUUUACCAAUUCUCAUUGAAAGAGUAUUCAAUAUGGGAGCAUAUAUUACUGCACAUUAUGUACUAUUUUAUAUACCUUUUAUUGUAUUAUAAAGUUAGGAAUCAUCCAUUGUACUUCUUGGAUUUUUUUAAGAAAAAUAAAGUAUUUACAAAGCAACUGUGUUUUACUUCCUGGCUGUUUUGCCAAAUGGAGUGACC